ACUUGUCAACCUCAAAAUUUUAAGAGGUUGGUCCGUGAUUGUCAACUUGGCGGACAGAUUGUGCUGCAAGUGUCAAAGAGUCAUGCAUCAUAUGUUCAGUACGUGGCGAAAAAAGAUUUUAAUAAGUGAUAACUUAAAAUUUUAUUGAAGUAACACGAAGACUAUAACCUAUAGCGCUCGUGCUUAAAGUACAAAUUUAUAGCAAAGUAGUUUUAUGUGUGAAAAUUUACAAUGUCUAAAAGAAGUCAACCUAGUUGGUCCCCACCGGUUAAAUCUGGGAAGAAGCCGGUACUAAAGCUUUACAACAGUUUGACUAGGCAAAAGGAAGAAUUUGUGUGCGACAAUGGCAAUCGUAUCAACUGGUACAGCUGCGGUCCUACGGUAUACGACGCUUCCCAUAUGGGCCAUGCCAGAUCAUACAUAUCUUUUGAUAUACUGAGACGAGUUAUGGCCAACUACUUUGGCUACGACAUACUCUAUGUUAUGAACAUAACAGAUAUAGAUGACAAAAUCAUAAAGAGAGCGAGGCAGCAUCAUUUGUUUGAGAAAUAUGUUGAAGAGAAGAAAAGUCUGACCUGUAUUAUAGAUGAUGCAACAACAGUAGUGAAUUACUAUGAAACAAUUGUUAAAGAAGCUACCGACCCUGAUAAAAAGAAUGCCAUGCAAAAGACGUUAGACUGCAUUGCAUCAGCAGUUAAAAACUUAAAAGCAGCUGUGGAAAGCAAUGACGAUGCAACAAUCACAAAUGCAAAGUGUGAGCUAUUACAGUCCGCAAAGGGUCCAAUAUCGGAAUGGCUUGACAGUCAAUAUGGGGCCACAGUCACGGACAAUGCUAUAUUCACAGCACUGCCUAGGUAUUGGGAAAAUGAAUUCCAUAAAGAUAUGAAAGCAUUAAAUGUAUUACCGCCAGACGUAUUAACAAGAGUAAGUGAAUAUGUACCACAAAUAAUAAAGUUUAUUGAAAAGAUAAUAGAUAAUGGUCUCGCGUAUGAGUCAAAUGGCUCAGUGUACUUCAGUGUGAGUGAGUUUGAUAAGAAUGACAAACACUAUUAUGCAAGAUUAGUGCCCGAAGCUUAUGGAGAUACAAAGUCAUUACAAGAGGGAGAAGGUGAUCUAACAGACGACACAAGCGAGAAACGAUCUCCGAAUGACUUUGCUCUAUGGAAGCGGAGUAAAGCGGGUGAACCUUCGUGGUCGUCGCCCUGGGGAGCGGGCAGGCCGGGCUGGCACAUCGAGUGCUCCGCUAUGGCGUCCGACGUAUUUGGUAGCAAGUUGGACAUACACACGGGCGGUGUCGACCUCAAGUUCCCCCAUCAUGAUAAUGAGCUUGCUCAGAGUGAGGCUCACUUCGACCAGCCAGGCUGGGUGAACUACUUCCUCCACACUGGCCACCUCACGAUAGCUGGCUGCAAGAUGUCCAAGUCCCUGAAGAAUUUCGUCACGAUAUCGGAAGCGUUGCGCCGUCAUACUGCGAGGCAGCUCAGGAUCGGGUUCCUCAUGCACGGCUGGAAGGAAACACUCGACUAUUCUGAUAACACCAUGGAUAUGGCGAUACAGAUGGAGAAACUGUUCAAUGAAUUCUUCUUGACGGUGAAAGACGCGUUACGUAGUGGGUACGACGAGGGUUGCGGCGGAGUGUGGGACGAGCAGGAACAACAACUCUCCAACAAACUCACCGCUGCCAAGGAACAAGUACACGCCGCACUUUGUGACAACAUAGACACGCGCAGCGCGCUGGAUGCCCUGCGCGAGCUGGUGGGCGCGGCGCACGUGUACCUGCGGCAGACCGCGCCGCGACCCUCGCCGCUGCUGGCCGCCGCCGCGCGGUACGUCACCGACAUCCUGCACGUCUUCGGCGCCGUCGAGGGGCCGCGGGGAGGCAUCGGCUUCCCUGUCUCGGAUGGGAAUAAUGUUAACUUGGAAGACACAGUGAUGCCGUACCUGGAGGCGCUGAGUAAGUUCCGCAGCAGUGUCCGUGACGCGGCGCGCGCUGCGCAGGCGCCGGCCGUGCUCGCGCUCUGUGACAGGCUCCGGGACCACGACCUGCCCGAACUUGGAGUCAGGCUCGAGGACAAACCGGAUCGCACAGUAGUCAAGCUAGUGAGUAAAGAGGAAAUAAUGAAAGAGCGAGAAGAAAAAGCGAGAGUCGAAGCAGAGAAACAAAGGAAGAAGCAAGAGUUACUGGAAGCACAGCGCGCUAAAGAGGAACUCAAGAAGAUACCGCCCGGAGAACUGUUCAAACGGGAGACAGACAAGUAUUCCCAGUUUGAUGAUAAAGGUCUACCAACACACGAUCACGAAGGCAAGGAGCUCAGUAAAGGGCUUGUGAAGAAGCUGCAGAAAUUACAGCAAGCGCAGGAGAAGAAAUACAACGAGUACUUAGCGUCCAUCAACUCUUGCUGACCAAGUGCAUAGCCAUAGCUAUAGUUACAUCAUCAAUAUAUUCAAAUAAGUAAAUUUUAACAAACAGCAAAAUUUAUCAAUAUAAACCGAAAUAUCUCUCACGCUUUACAAACGACUCUUGGAUCAUAGAAAAUUUUAAACAUGCUGCUACCCAUCUUUCAUAGACUGGUGACAAAUUUAAGACAGUCCUGAGUUCAAUAAAAUGUAAUCAUCAUCUGCUAAUAUGUCUAUUCAUGCAGUGAGAGUAAAGAUUUAUUAAAAUGAUCCGAAAAAUCACCGACAUGAUUGUAUGUGCACAAAUAACUUCCAUCGCUUGCAAGUAAAUUCUACUCAUAACACUUGCGGCUAGUGUUGUAUGAUAGUAUUAAAUUAGGUCAAUUGAAUAAAAUAAAACACAAAUUACUGUUGCCUUUGCUGUACAUACUUUAUAGGAUAUAAUACUCUAAAUUAAAUAAAAAAAUAUUGAGGUGGUGUGUCAGUCUUUUUUAAAUUAUUUUCGUAAAUGUAACUGGGAUAAGUAAGUUUAGUUGAAUGGUAUAUAAAAUAGUAUUUUGUAUUUCUCCUUUCAUGUUUAUAGCUAUUUUGUCAUUUUACCUUUAAAUAUUUCUCAUGCAUCAAUGGAAUUGAGUACAUUCCGAGAGAGUGUAUAAAUGUUUCAGUGUUUUAUUAAUUUAUAAUAAAGUUAUGCUUCUAUCGCUUAAUCUUAGUAACAUUAUAUGCAGCGUGGGUUUAGUUAAAUAUGUUUAUUUGUAUCCGUUUAACUGCGAGUUUUGUGUGAUUGUAAUGAAGGUUUCGUGUUUUGGUCACUAAUGGCGCCACUGUAGAAAACAAUCUGCUAUAAUAGGCUAUUCUCUAGCUGUCAAUUUGAAAUAUCGAAGUGAACUCGUUUGCAUUCUCGUCCGUCAUUGGUUGAGAUUAUUCUACCAAUCAAUUACACGGUGGACCGCGAUCGAGUUCACUUUGAACUUUCGAAUUGAAAGUUGAACAAAAACACAGUAAAUCUUCACUACCUAAAAUAUAUUGUGCAUUUUAACAACAAUGAUACCCGUAUUACUUUAUUAAAUAGUUGUUUUUUUUUACAUUUUUAUUUUAAUAAUUAGAUGAUUAAAUAAAAUAUAAAAAAAUUAAAAUAUAAAUAAAAGUACAUUUUAUUUAAUCAUUUCAUUUUAAAUGCAUUCAGAAAAAAAAGUAUGAAAUUAAAAAUAUAUACUUGCAAACUCGAUGUUAUUAAGCAAUCAUUGUUUCAGUAUUAAGGCUUUGUAAAUUAAUACAUAAUACAUACAACGCAUAUUUAUUUUCUUUUUCAUAUUCCGUUACAUUUUGUUGCAAUAAAAACUUGUAGCAUUCUUACUAA